AUGGAUUCUACCGAGACGCUUUGCCCUGUCAACAACACUGGGUUUACCUGCCUGUAUGAAUCCGGUCACCCUGAAGCAGACAUCAUUUUUGUGCAUGGCAUCCAAGGUCAUCCGCGUAGGACAUGGACCAGUAAACCCGUGCGAAGUCCGAUUCGACUCGGAUUCAGGGAACGCUUGGGGUGGAAAAGGUCGACCAACUUCAGUGAACAAGCCAAAUCGACUACAUCCCAUAAUCUUGAAGCCAAGAAGCUCGAAGCGGCUGUCGAGGCCGUAUUUUGGCCACGCGACCUGCUACCGUUUGAAUGCAAGAGCACUCGAAUACUAACAUGGGGUUACGACUCGAACGUUUCGAGGUUCUUUGGCGGGGCGGCUGACAAGGGCAACAUCUUUGACCAUGCGAAGAACCUCUUGUAUUCUCUCAAUAGAAUUCGCCGAGAAUGUGUCAAUCGGCCGAUCAUAUUCGUUGCCCACUCGCUUGGAGGCAUCAUUGUCAAAGAGACGCUCAGAAGAUCCUACGGUGACGAAGAUCCGGAACUCCAAAACAUUGCCAACUGUACCUCUGGCAUUCUUUUUCUAGGAACUCCUCAUCGCGGAAGCUCAUGCGCUCCAUACGGUGAGAUGCUCAGGAGGAUUGUGUCAGCCGUAGGCUUUGACACGAACGAUUCGAAUAUACGGGCCUUGCAUUUCGACUCCCUGGAGCUGCAGCUAUCACAGGAAGAGUUUUUGAAGAUAUGGAGGAAGAAAGGCUUUACGGUUCGAACCUUCCAGGAGUCGUCCGGCGUCGCAGGCGUCAGAGGCCUGAUGGAAAAAAUCGUCCCAGAUAUCUCUUCAAGCUUCGGUGACACCCGAGAACGCGCUCAACAUCUUCCCGGAAAUCACAUGGGCAUGUGCAGAUUUAACAGUCGCACGGAUCCUGGCUAUCUGCAAGUGGUAGGAGAGUUGUCAGAUAUCCUGGGAAAGCUGACACUCCAGCAACAACUAAGUGAACCAGAAGCCCUGUCUGUGGUCUACACAUCUAGAAGAAAUGAGACAAACGAGGUGAUCUUGCAGAGUAAAUGUCGACAAAUGCUCGAAUCCCUUCAAUUUCCCCAAAUGGACGAUCGCCAACGCUUGAUCAGCGAGCCGUGCCACGGAACCGGCAUUUGGCUUCUGCAGACAGCAGAGUAUACGGAGUGGCUCCAAGGUGCACAUAAAUUCCUCUGGCUGAAAGGAAAGGCAGGAUCCGGGAAGUCGACGUUAAUGAAGAGAGUCUUGCAAGACUUGCAGUCUCGAUAUCACAGCGAAACGCACACGAUCGCCGCUUACUUCUUUGACGGCGGCGGCUCUGAGCUUCAAAGGUCGACUCUAGGGUUCUUCAAGACCGUGCUUUAUCGGAUCUUUACGCAAAACACACGCCUGCUGGAGGAAUUCGUCUCGGCCUCCGAAAACGGGAAGUUUAGCAAGGGGAAAAAUCUGGAAUGGAGAUUGGAAGAACUGAUGGAGGUAACAAGGACGCUGACCAAACUCAAGCAUUGGAAGCCGACCAUUCUUUUGCUGGAUGCGCUCGAUGAAGGCUCGAGGGACGACGUUCGAAACCUGCUACACUUCUUCGAGCAGCUCUUCCCUCACGAGAUAGCCACAUCUGCAGUCAGCUUCCGAGUCUGUCUAGCCAGCCGACAUUAUCCAAACAUCACCUUAAAGGAUUGCCCCGAACUAUGGGCAGAAAGACAUAAUACUGCGGACAUCGAAGAAUUCACCCGGCAGAAGCUGUCCUAUAUAGUCAACACUUUCGAUAAUCGCCGGUUAGUAGAUGCCAUCCUUCAACAAGCUGAAGGUGUCUUUCUCUGGGUCGAUCUGGUCACGACAGCCAUGUGGAUCAACGAUGAUGACGGCGAGUCCUUUGCAAGCAAGAUGAGCUCACUCGCUAAGUCUCCGAACGGCGUUGACGCCCUGUACACACAGAUAUUCACGAAGCUCUCGGAAGAUGAACGAGUGCAGACUUUCCACAUUCUCAAGUGGGUGUGGUAUGCUUCCCGGAGACUGACGCCGGUCGAACUGUGCCUGGCGGUACAGUUUGAGUCCGGCAAGCAGAUGGCGACCUUGACUUCGUGGAAGCAAUCUGACCAUCUCAUCGAGAGAGGUGAGCAAAUGGAGAAGUUCAUCCGCAGCCGCUCUCGUGGCCUUCUCGAGGUUCGCCCGAUAUCUGACCGGGAUUCGGCCUCCCCGGCCUACGAAGUCGUUCAGUUCAUUCACCAAACCGUUCCCGAGUUUUUACAACGGGUUGGCUUCGCACUGCUGCAGCCAUCCAACCUCGCCUCAACUCACGAUGGCAAUUGUCAUCACCAAAUUGCCACAACUUGUUUACUUUACUUGUCGCAUAGAGAAGUACGGAGAUGCGCUCCCAUGACUUUACUGAGAUACGAGGCGGAUAAGGCAGGGGUGCCAUUUCUGCAGUCCAUGACACCAAAAGUGACGGCGGAGGAGGCCGAGAUCGCCCAGCACACCGUUGAGCUGAGUUGUGCCUGGGAGGAUCAGAAGACUUCCACAGCAUUAAAGCAGGCAAUGGCAGUUCGGGGUAUGUCUCUGAUCACGGAUAUUGUGUUCUCGGAGCUUCCACUGCUGAAGUAUGCCAUCACUUCGCUCCAGAACCAUUUGCGCAGGGCUGAAGAAGCUCGAAUAUUCCAGUCAUCUAUCGUCGAUUUGGCAUUCGGUGGGAACACUUGGUGGCAUUAUAUAUGGUACACCUUCCAGAAUGCCUUCUUCCUUCCGCGUCGGCACCGCUUCCAUCAAGUCAAUUGGGCAGACUUCCUCCAGGCCUGCGUUGCGCUGGGUCUAGGCUCUUGCAUCCACGAGGUGCGAAACCGCGUCCUAGAUGCGACAUAUCAACUGCCACCUGCGUGGAACUUUUGGAGCUUGGAGAAAGCGUUGGAUAUCGCGGUCACAUUCGGCUUGCGGGAGAUUGCGCGCGAUCUGAUAGCAUGCGGAGUCAACCUGGAAGCCAGGGAUACUGCCGAACUCUCAUUUCUCGACAACGCAUGCAUCCGUGGGGACGUGCCUAUGGUGAAAAUGUUUGUUCUGAGCGGGGCAGCUGUCCGGGCAGAAAACCUGUUCGGCAUGACGCCUCUUCAUCACGCUGCAAAGAGGGGCGUCGUGGAUCUCCUGCACAUUCUGUUCGAUGCCGGUGCAGACAUUGAGAAGCGCACUCGACAGGGAGAAACCCCUUUACACUUGGCGUUGAUGGCUGAUGAUCCUCCAGAUGCAUCAAUAGUCGAUAUAUUGGUUCGAAGGGGAGCAUCAGUCCAUACACAAAACGAUAUCGGUAUGACACCUCUUCACUACGCUGCGAGGCGGGGCGUCGUCGACAGACUUCGCGUCCUGUUAGAUGCCGGUGCAGAGAUUGAAAAGCGAAACAAUCGAAAACAAACCCCCUUGCAUUUAGCAGCGGCGGCUGACAAUCUCGAAGCCGUUCGGUUCUUGAUAUCUCAUGGAGCCGACAGAGACGCUACCGAUGCAGCCGGGCAGAGUGCUUCCAGGGUGGCCGAGAUUAAUUUCAGCAGGAAGGUGUACGCUUUCUUCAACCCUGGAAGUCCAGAGAUACCAGGGAUGGUCCAAGAGGGGAGCAAAGACAUUAUUCCCAGGUCAAUGACUGCCUCCCCUAGUCCCGAGCAAAUGAGGCAGCGAGAGGGCGCGUUCGCAUUAAGCUUGGAGCGUAUACGAUUGGAAUCGAUUAUGGGGAUCAAUUAGGUUUACUUACGAACGAUAUUCGUGUUUGUGCAGCUUGGGGCAGUCUUCAUGCAAAGUUCGUU